CUUCUCUCCUCCAAGUCCCAGCAAAUACAAUCCCCAUUCCCCACGCCUCUUUGUUUUCUAAUUCUUUUUCUUUUAUUUUUCUGGGUUACUUAUUAAAUCAAAUCAAAUUCUUGUUGUUGUUAGUUUUUGAAAGAUUUAGAUUGUAUUUCGUUGGGUUUUAAAUCUGGUAUUUUGCUAUCUUAUCUGUUGCCGUUUCUGUGUCUUUGGCUUCGGUUUUUAUAGAGAAAUUGUGAGCUCAAAUCUUUUUUUUUCCUGAAUUGUUCUUGAUUUUGGCAGCUGUAGAAUACUGUGGGAAUUGAAGCAUAAUUUGUGUCAAUUUAUUUGGCCAGUUAUCACAUUUUUUCAGAGAAUAAAAUGGAAGAGAAGUAUGAAACUCUGAAGAUUCAGCAAGAAUCGCCAAAUUCUGGAGUUUUUAACCUAAUCAUUAACCGCCCAUCUGUCAGUAAUGCACUUGGACUCAAUUUCUUUAGUGAAUUCCCCAAAGUUCUUAAUGCGCUCGACCAAAACCCUAUCGUCGCCGUCAUCAUUCUAUCCGGAUCCGGCAACCACUUCUGCGGAGGUAUCGACCUUAAAAGCCUCGCAGCUAUCGCCGAUGAUAACUCGGGUGAUCAAGGCCGCACCAGGGAACGGUUACGGAGAAAAAUCAAGCUCAUGCAAGAUGCGAUCACCGCUAUCGAGCGGUGCCGGAAGCCGGUAAUCGCGGCGAUACACGGCGCGUGUCUUGGCUUGGGGAUCAAUAUCGUGACGGCCUGUGACAUAAGGUAUUGUACUAAGGAUGCAUUUUUUUCUGUCAAGGAAGUGGAUUUGGCUAUCACCGCCGAUCUCGGUACGCUUCAGAGACUACCCGGGAUAGUAGGGUUUGGGAAGGCCAUGGAGUUGUCGUUGACGGGAAGGAGGUUCUCGGGUGAUGAGGCCAAGGAAUUGGGCCUGGUUUCUCGGGUUUUCGGGUCGAGGGAGGAACUGAAAGAAGGCGUUCGCACCAUUGCAGAGGGAAUUGGAGGGAAGCCGCCGCUAGCGGUGGUGGGAACAAAAGCGGUGUUGAUACGAAGCAGGGAUGUGAAUGUGGAACAAGGGUUGGAUUAUGUUGCAACUUGGAACUCUUCCAUGCUUUUGUCUGAAGAUCUGACAGAGGCAAUCUCUGCUCAAAAACAAAAAAGGAAACCAACUUUUGCUAAGCUUUAAAUUUGAUGGUAUGUUUAAUAGGAAUGGGUAGCUGGAUGGAAUCAAGCCAACUUCAAGUUAAUGUGUUUUUAAAUCCAAGUGUAAUGUAGUUAGGUAAAUCCUAUGUGAUUUGGCUACACUUCUAAUUUAAUCUCUCUUCUUAUUGAA